GUCACUGCCGGUCCCUCGGCGGGCGGGCGGGACGCGAUGGCGCUGUGCCCGGAGCUGGAGUGCUCGCUGUCGCUGCUGGAGCCGGGCGGCGGCCGGGCCGAGCAGCAGCAAGAGCAGCAGCGAGAAGGGCAGGCGGGCGCGGCCCCCAUGCCCAUGGUGUUCAUGUGCUCCGGCUGCAGGCGGCCCGUGGGCGACACGUCGAGCUGGGUGUUCAAUGACGAGGAGGGCGGCUGCAUCCUGCUGCGCAGUGCGGCCGCCAGCGUCGCCGUGGACCCGGAGCGGAAGGUCUCCAAGCUCCCCGGCGAGUGCGGAUGCAUGGUAGAAACCUUAUUCUGCUCUGGCUGCUCAAGGACACUUGGCAGCAUCUACAGGUGCACCUCAAGGCAUCUCGACUACAAGAGAGAUUUGUUCUGUUUCAGUAUUGACUCUGUUGAAAGCUAUAUUCUAGGAACCCCGGAAAAGCAAGCUGUUCUUGAUGAGGAACCUCUUACUCUUGAAAGUCGAGCUGUCUUGCAAGAGGUGCUGCAAAGGGUAGAUACCAUAUUCAAAGCUCUGGAGACAAGACUGACCACUAUUGAGUCCCGUGUGGCUGCUCUGCAUAGCCUUAGCUUCACUCAUGCUCAAAGACAGGAAUGACUCAAUAACUAUAUGGAGUGGUUUGUUUGUUUGGUGGGGGUUAUUUUGCAAGGUCAGGGCUAAAAUACGAUGUAAAAAGGGGCUUUUUUUUCAGCAUUAGAUACAAUUCUUUUGCACGAGGUGUUGAAGGUCAGCUGUUUUACAGCUUCAAAAGGAGGAAGCCAAACCAGGCUGGUGGUGGCUUUAAGCAAGGCUUGGUAUAAGUUUGAGCAAUUUAUUCAGCAGUUUUUUUGUGUUAAUGCAGAUAUUUCAGUUGUGUUUGUUUUCUGUGCAUUUGGCUAAUUGUCAGUGUUUCUCACACAGUAUGACUGUCCCACCUCGUGUUUUUCAAUAAAAGCAAGCACUUGUAGUAUAAAGCAAGAAUAAUCUCAAAAA